GCAAUCCAGAGGGGGAGGAAAUAAAAAGAGAGAGAGGGAAAGACAAGCGUCAUUUAGGAACAGAGGUAGAGCGAAAGAAAGAACUCCAGGAUUUGAAACCAGCCCUACAGCACAGUAUUUUUAUAUCUUUUCUUUUCCCCAGUGGAGAUUCCUGUCCUGUCAUUUUACUGACAGACAAGCCACUACAGGCUCUUUCCCAGAAGUUGACCGAAGAAACUCAAGCACUGCUGUUUCUUCCCUCCCAAGUCCGGUGUGCCGCCUGGUAAUGGAUUGCUUUUCUCUGAGCUUCCACCCUGGAGAGACCCCCCAGGUCUAGUCUGUGAACCCAGCUAGGAAACGCCGCUAGUAAAAAUGACUGAAGAGCCCAUAAAGGAGAUCCUGGGAACCCCAAAGUCUUCCAAGCCAGUGACAAUGGAGAAGAGCCCCAACAGGGAAGUGGUGGUCACCACGGUCCCCUUGGUCAGUGAGAUUCAGUUGACGGCUGCUACAGGGGGUGCCGAGCUCUCCUGUUACCGCUGCAUCAUCCCGUUUGCCGUGGUGGUCCUCAUCGCUGGCAUAGUGGUCACGGCUGUGGCUUACAGCUUCAAUUCCCAUGGCUCCAUCAUCUCUAUCUUGGGUCUGGUCCUUCUGUCGUCUGGACUUUUUUUGUUAGCCUCCAGUGCCUUAUGCUGGAAGGUGAGGCAGAGGAGCAAGAAAGCCAAGAGACGGGAGAGUCAGACGGCUCUUGUGGCAAAUCAGAGAAGCUUAUUUGCUUAGGACCAAAUGGGACCAAAUGGGAUACGUGGCCUGAAAGCCUUCCUUUCACUGUGUCAUCCAAUUCACCCAGAACUAGUGUGGGAGAGAAUGAACAGAGCGUUGGAGCAGACCAGAGGAAUGGGGGUGAAUUGAGGCUGGGAGGGUAGAGGGGGUUCUGUUUUGUGAGGAACCUGCUUGUGUUUUCAUUAAUGACAAACUUAACUCUAAGGGCUAUUUCUAAGACUGAAAACUCAGCUUUUUUCUCUACAUUAAACAUUUGAGGGUCAUGGGAGGUGCACGGCAUUAGACAGCACUCAUUUCACCUUGGAAAGGAGCCAAGGAAAGAUGAGAAAAUAAUCAGACAGUUCUGGCACACCAGCAACCUGCCUCAAACACACACACACACACACACACACACACUUUUGAGGAGUUGCAUCAUAAAAAUGUACUGCCGAGAGUCUAAAUCCCCUCAGACUUUGCAUACUUCUAUGAAAUUCUGUGAUAAUUUUUUUAAAUAAGUACUCUGGCAUCUAUUUUUUUUGCUUUUAAUAACGCAUCACUGGUGGUACUUUUUCUUGAAGAAUAAACUAAUAUUUUUUAUGUUUUAACAUUGGACAGUUUUAGAUGAUUAAUGAUGUGUCAGAAAUUAAACAAAAAGGUAGAAGGUGUAGCUACUAGAUGACAUGGGGGGUUAAAUUAAUAUUAAAAUAAUCCAACCUAGCACUUUUGAUGAUUUU